AUGACAAAAGAAGAAGCAACAUCUCAAUUAACUCGAAGCAUAUUUCACACAAUUUAUGUGAAGUUUUCACGAGCCCGUAUAAAACUGUAUGGAUGGCGUCAUUUAGGAUGGUUGGUUUUGUUGGUUGCUGCACUGAAUGUUGUUUGCAUAGGGGGAAAAAGAAGGGCAUUCGGAAUAUUCGUUGCUGCUCUACAUAAAGCUUAUAAUGACACGAGCAUGACGGAAUUGAAUUGGGUCGGUGACAGUUAUGCUGCAGUUGGAUUCUUUCUAAUGCCCUUUGCUACAACAGCAAUAAUUCGAUGGAAUCGGCCAUAUAGAUGUACCAUGCUUCUAGCCGGUUUAUUAAUUUUUAUAAGUUGUAUGACAUCAGCAGUGGUGCCUAGUCCAGGGUAUCUAUUCCUGACUCAUACACUAAUACAUGGCCUUGGAUCUACGCUUAUUUUAUGUGGGACAAGUCUUGUAACAGAAGAGUAUUUUGACAGAUCUCAUCGAUUUCAUGUUUUAGCAACUGCAUUUGUUUCCGGUGGACCUUAUGGUGUACUAAUAUUUGGUCCAUUGUAUUCAAACUUAAUACAAAGCUACGGUUGGCAAGUGGCAUUUCAACUAAGUGGAUUACUCUUCUUACUCGUGACAUCUUUAGCCGGGAUUGUUUUUAUUUCGCGUGAUAUAUUUGAAUAUAACCAAGCUAUGCUGGAGCUUUCUGAUACUUUUGAAGAAAAUACUAUGAACAAAGCCUUACGAAAGGAUUCCUUAUUACUGCGUAAUUCUCCGAAAGCCAGUGAUGGACGUGGAUGGGCUUUUUGCUCAGUUGAACAUUUGAAAAAUAAUCCUCAAGUGUUCGUCUGGGGAUUUGAACGCUUACUUCAUAAUCUCGUAAUAUAUGGUUUACUAAUGAAUAUGACAGCUUAUGUAAGUCAGGCAUUAAAUGAUCAACUGGUAUUGGGUGCCCGAGUUAAUUUAUACUUUGGUAUAGGAGAAUCAGUCGUAUUUACACUUGGAGCUUUAAUUGGUGAUCGUAUACGAGGUUAUUUAGCAGUCGCCUACUUUAUUGGAGCACUAUUUGCAGCUCUAUUUUUGGUUAUUAUGCAAAAUACAUAUGAAGAUUUAAAUGUUGUUUAUGUACUGGCUGGAUUUACUGGUGCUACUGUUGGUGUAGGCAAUACAUUUCUAUAUGCUACUUCAGAAGAGAUAAUGAUGGUUCAUGGAUCAAUUGCAUUUCCUAUGACAAAAAUGAUUGCUGGUAUUGGUAUGCUAUUAGCACCAUUAUUCUCUGGUGCAAUUAUUGAUGGAUUUGGAUAUGGUGGAUUUUUUAUUAGUAUGGCAAUUUUAGUGUCAAUAAGAGCUAUUCUCCUAGGUCUCAUAUGUUAUAUAUUAAAUCUCAAGAAGAAAUUGAUUUUAGCUAGUGAAAAAGAACACAUAUCUACAAAUGAUAAUCCUUUUAAUCAUUGUUGUCAAAAUACUACUAAACAGUGUAACGAAAAAUUAACAAAAAUUAAUAAUGUAGAAUCUGAAAUUACAAAUGGAUUACAUUCAACAGAACAUGAUUUAGAGAAACGUAUUCAAACUUCUUCUGAAUGGUAUCAUGAGAAUGAUCGCAGAAUACCAUAA